AUGGGUAAUUCAUCAUGUUGUAUGCGGAGAAAGCAUAAUAAUGACUCAAAAAAUAAAUUAAAAAAGAAUAGACAAAAGGUUCUACAAGAAGAUCCAACUAAAGAAACAUCUGUUAAUUUUUUACCCCAUAUUAGUGAAAGAGAAUUACCUGAUGAUAUCGAAGAAGAUCCCUCAACACAUCCUGGUGUUAAACCAACAUUUAUGGAAAGAUCUCAAAGUGAAAUGAAAUUGAAAGACAAUAGGCGUUCUUUCUAUGUUCUUGAUAUGCAAACUUUAUUUCAUUCUAAACUUAAAAAAAGUAGUAGUUGUUCAACAAUUUUUAUUGAUGAUUCUACAAUUUCUCAACCGAAUCUUAAAAAUACUAUUAAAUGUAUAUCUUUAGCAAUUUUUUAUCACAUUAGAAAUAGAAAAAAUAGAGGUCAUGAGAGAUUAAUGAAAAUUUUUGAGGAAAGUUUAUAUCCAUUGUCAAGAGAACCUAUUACAAGAGAGGUAAUAUUUACUGAUCCAGAUCAUCGGACUAUUUAUCGUUUUAUACGAGCUUUAUUUCAUGCAGCACAAUUGACAGCUGAAUGUGCUAUAAUUACUUUAGUGUAUAUAGAACGACUAUUAAAUUAUGGAGAGAUGGAUUUAUGUCCAUCAAAUUGGAAAAGAGUUGUUCUUGGUGCAAUAAUGUUAGCUUCAAAAGUAUGGGAUGAUCAAGCUGUUUGGAAUGUUGAUUAUUGCCAAAUACUUAGUGAUACAAAUGUUGAUGAUAUGAAUAAAUUGGAACGUAAAUUUUUGGAAUGUUUAGAUUUUAAUAUUAAUGUUCCUAGUUCUAUUUAUGCAAAAUAUUAUUAUGAUUUAAGAACACUUGCUAUUGCACAUGAUAUGCAACUUCCUUUACAACCAUUAUAUCGUGAACGUGCUAAGAAAUUAGAAGCUCUUAGUAGAGUUUACGAAGAUAAAAUGCUACCAGAUAAUAAAUAUUGUUUUCAAAGAUCAUUUUCAGCUGAAAAUCUUGCGGAACGUAAAGCUCCAGUCAUAAUUUCUUAA